UUAGUUCAUCUCUUGCACAGCCAGCCAACCACACACAGUCAGACAGACAGCAAAGCUAAAGAGGAGCUAGCCGCAAGCAAUUUAUUUUACUCAACUCUCAACUAUCUUGGGAGAUUAUAUUUAUACUGGAUUUAAUAAGGUCUAAUAAUAACAAAGUGCAUUUUAACAUCAACGUCGCACGUUUUUGUAUCUUUCUUCGUAUGACUACCUAACAGUUAGCUUAGCUUGCUAGCAAGCUGCAAGUGUGGUAACGUUAGUUUGAGAAGAAGCUAACUAGCGGUUUACACAGGUGCUAGCUAGCUAACCAGCUGCCAGAAUGAAUGUCGCAAAAAGUGGUUAUCGGGUCUUCUCUGCCAAUUCUACUGCAGCAUGUACAGAACUAGCCAAGAAGAUAACUGAACGACUAGGAGUUGAAUUGGGCAAGUCGGUGGUAUAUCAAGAGUCCAAUAGAGAGACCAGAGUAGACGUGAAGGAAUCUGUUCGCGGCCAAACUAUCUUCAUCAUCCAGACCAUACCCAGAGAUGUCAACACGGCCAUCAUGGAGCUGCUGGUCAUGGCCUACGCCCUUAAGACCUCCUGUGCAAAGAACAUCAUUGGGGUCAUUCCCUAUUUCCCCUACAGCAAGCAGUGCAAGAUGAGAAAAAGGGGUUCCAUAGUGUGCAAGCUGCUGGCUUCCAUGCUAGCCAAAGCAGGUUUAACUCACAUCAUCACCAUGGACUUACAUCAGAAGGAGAUCCAGGGCUUCUUCAGUUUUCCAGUGGACAACCUGCGUGCCUCCCCCUUUCUGCUUCAGUACAUCCAGGAGGAGGUCCCAGAUUACAGAAACGCCAUUAUUGUUGCAAAGUCACCGUCUGCUGCUAAGAGAGCUCAGUCCUAUGCAGAGCGACUGCGUUUGGGCCUGGCAGUGAUGCAUGGCGAGGCUCAGUGUUCAGAGUCUGACAUGGCGGACGGACGACACUCUCCCCCCUGUGUCCGUAACACCUCAGGACACCCUGGGCUGGAGCUGCCUUCUGGCAGCAAACAACAAGCUCCGUUCCCAGGCAUAGAGCUCCCAAUAAUGAUGGCCAAGGAGAAGCCCCCGAUCACUGUUGUAGGAGAUGUGGGAGGAAGAAUCGCAAUCAUUGUUGAUGACAUCAUAGACGACGUGGAGGACUUUGUGGCGGCAGCUGAGAUUCUGAAGGAGAGAGGAGCUUAUAAGAUCUACAUCAUGGCUACACAUGGGCUGCUGUCUGCCGAUGCCCCCCGUCUUAUUGAGGAGUCCGCCAUCGACGAGGUGGUGGUGACUAACACCGUCCCUCACGAGGUACAGAAGCUCCAGUGUCCCAAGAUAAAGACAGUGGACGUCAGUAUGAUCCUUGCCGAGGCCAUCCGACGCAUCCACAACGGGGAGUCCAUGGCCUACCUGUUCCGCAACAUCACAGUGGACGACUAGGCCAGAGACAUAGGGUUGAGUCUGUGCUGGAUGUGAGGUGUUCGGAGAAAGGCUGGUGGUAUACACGCUAUGGUCCCCUCCUCUCUCCAUAGUGCUAGAAGUACAUACUGUCCCUGUAGUCUGCACCUUCACACACAGCCUAGUUCAGAUGACUAGGACGAGGGGGAGUACCGUCAUCAUAUCCCCUCUUACAAACCAAUAAAAUGCAUUUUCAUCAGCUUUAGUGCCCGAAACAUAACAUGGAGUUGCUCAAUAAAAGUGAUAAAAGAAACAAAAGUAAAGAAAUACUAAAAGGUUGAUUUAACGUGCAUAUUUGUUGUCAGGUCAUCUGUUUUUUUUGCCUUACUAUGCUAAGGUCUGCCAAACCAGCAAUGCAUGAAUUACUGUACCUCACCUCCAUGGUAGUUUUGAUGUCUUUUUUAAUUCCUCCAUGCUUCAAGAUAUGAAGGGAUUUGUUAUUUUGUUGGUUCACUGUUCACUAUUUUGCCCACCUGAAUAAAAGGUGUAGGGUGAGUGUUACGAUGAAAACUAUUAUUUUGGGUCAAAAAACUCCAGGUCACUCUUGAACGUCUGAAGCUAGAUAGAAAGUAUGUAGAUAUUAUAAUGGACCGAUAUUUUUUUCAAACAACUGCGCUUUUUCUGGCCCACAAAUUGCUUUUGAAAGAAAUCUGUGCCGCCUUCUGAUAAAUGUUGAAAUCCCAAUGUGGCCCUCGAGCCAAAAUGAUUGCUCACCCCUGGUCUAGCCACUGUCAACAUAUCUAAUGAUGUCUUUUUCUUCAGUUCUCCGUUAUGAAGGAGGGUGACUGUAUUUCACUCUGUUUAAGUAUCUUCCCAAUAACAUCACUUAUUGCUUGAAUCAUUUCCUCCCACACCCCUGGCCCUCCAGGUCUACCGAGCACUGUGACUGCUUUGCAUUUGGAUGCAGGUGUGUUAAUGCAAAACCUACUGAGAACAAAGCUAAAGGAACCCUAGUACAGCAGCUCCCCACCAGUUCUGUGUUCUGUGUGACACCUAAGCCUUGUGAAUUCAGGCUGACUCACCAAAUACAUCUAGUAAGACCACAUGUAUUGUCUACCACCACACAUUAGGCCACAGAUUAGGAACUUUUGACCCACCAUGUUUGAAUCCCAAACACUGUCCUAGUCAUUGUUACUGUAUUGGUCCAGUCAGUCAACUAUUCUCUGUGUAACUGUAACAAAUGUCAUGAUUGCCACAGAUUGUUGGGCAAACUGUAUAACAUCAGCUGGAUAUCUGAAUGGAUAUAACCUUUUAUAUUAAAGGGGGAUAUGACAUCCUGACUCUGAAGUAGACUUUCCUAUAAAGUCUUGUUGCUUCUCAUUGGCAUUCAGAAAGACUGACAAUAUAUGCAUUAUGUGUCCAUGCUGAGGUCAUGGUUUUGAAUAUAGAAAUUGUAAUCGUGACACUUUACCGUAUAAUGUAUGGAAUUGUGGUAUCAACUUGCUGAUCAGGAGGACUGAGAUCUGUCAUGAUGAAAAGAUGUGGACUAAUAGUCAAACUGAUGUUCAAGGGAAGUCGUGUCUGAACACUCUGUUGGAGCUUUAAGCUCAGGGAGAUAUGCUUCUGAGGCAAAUGCAUAAUGUAUGUGAAGAAAAAACGCUCUUAAUGCUUGUGCCUAUGUCUCUGGUACAGCAAAGUCUGCAAAUGUAAAUGUGUUGCAUUCCGUUCGGCAGAACUUUCUCUUUACCAUUCUUUGUUACAUUUGUUGUUGACAUUCGUUCCUUUGUUAUCCUGUAGGAUGUGCUAAUUGUAAACCGCUAACUAUACCUGUGUGUGGUACAGACAUGAGGAAAGGUCCUUGGAGAGAAAUAACUGUUGCUAUGCCAACUCAUAUCCAUGUCUUCCGAUAGCACAUUGAUUUGUUACUUCACCCUCGUUGUCUGAUCUUGAUGUAGCCUAUUUGUGAGUUUAUGAUUUAAUCGAAUAAUUGGUUUCUGCAUCCAAUUUUUUGUAAGUUAAAAUAAACCUUUGGCUUCA